GUCGGUUCACGAAUAUUUUGACGUCCGCUUUCGAUUUGAAGUUCCCUCGUUCGUCAUCAGUCACCGUGACUACUCCUCUACUGCAAUCCGGACAAUCCAGACUCCAGAGAGAGAAAGCGUUUCGACGUUCAAAUAGAACCAAGGAGCGAGAGAGAGAGAGAAAAUGGAUCACUCGAUUUGCCCAAUCUGUCAUCUGCCUGUUCUGUCUCUCCAACUAGAAAGGCAUGCCAACAGUCACUUCGAGGACGAGGAAUUCGCAAGGGACAUCGAGUUGGCUCAACAAAUCGCGCUUGCUCCCCCUAGCCCCCCUUUUAAUCCGGUGAUCAAUGACAUGGCAUAUGAAACUAAUGCUCGAGAAAGCCCUGAAAGUAGUGUCUCAAGGAGUGAUGGAAGGACAAGUGAUGCGAGAGACAGUGACAUUGAUGAAAAGAUCUGCUAUUUAAUUGGUCUACAGAUAAGAGCGCCCUUCUACCAGGUUGAAGCUGGGUUGAUGCUGUUGUUGAGAAAAUGUUUGGAAUCGGAUACUGAAAAUUCGGCAAGUAUAUUGUCAGGCUAUGUUGAUCAUUUUCAGAGCAUUGAAUCGGAGGAUGUAGGCUGGGGCUGUGGUUGGCGUAACAUCCAGAUGCUCAGUUCGCACUUGCUUAUGCGAAGGCAGGACGCGAGGGAGGUUUUGUUUGGUGGUGCCGGAUAUGUUCCUGAUAUUGUGUCACUCCAAAGAUGGCUUGAAAUUGCUUGGGAAAGGGGUUUUGACUCACUUGGAUCGAGUCAUUUCAAUCACAAAAUUUAUGGCAAAAAGAAUUGGAUUGGAACCACUGAAUGUGCCACACUUUUCCGUUCCUUCGGGCUUCGUGCUAGGAUAGUGGACUUUGACAGCAAGGAUAUUAAAGCAAAAUCUUCUGCUCCUGCUUCGCGCCAUGGGACAUCAGGUAUAAAAGUGUAUGGUCCAAUGGACAGAUAUUUGUGUAGAGGGUUUACUAAUAUCCCCCACGCGAUUGCGAGCGAGCAAGAAAAUCUUAGUUCUUCUAGCACAUGUGCGGGGAAAGGUUCGGUUACUUCUACCUGUAGCAGCUCAGCUACAAUGUCACUAAAGGGUCAUCAGGUUCUCAUUGAUUGGGUUUGGAAUUACUUCUCUGACAAUAAGCUCACUAAAUUUGGCAAUGCUCGUGUUAUCGUCAGUGAGAAAGUGCCCUUGUACUUCCAGCAUGAUGGUCAUUCAAGAACCAUUGUCGGGAUUCAAGUCAAACAUCAGCCCAAGGGAUCACAGUACAACCUAUUAAUCUUAGACCCUGGUCAUAAAACAGCAGCUCUGGAAAGAUCUCUCAAAGAUAACGCUGGAUGGCAAAAGCUAAUAAAAAGAGGUGUACACACACUGAGGAAACCACAAUACCAGUUGUGCUAUAUUGAUCCCGGAGUUGCCUAUGCGAAGGAGAUGGAACAGCUCAAGACCUUAGAUAGUGCCCAUGUUGAAUUUUAGAUGAUCUCCAAACUCCUACGCUUUUCUUAGAAGGUGGUCAUUCAAAGUCCUCUUGGAGAAACUUGGUUCCUUCGACAUUCUUCGAGACAACACCAAUCAGCCAGCAUGGGAAUCAUAUCAAUUGACCACGAAUUCUAAAAAGGGAGUUGUUUCAGAAGCUUUGCUUUGGAGCAUUGAUGCCACGCCGAAUGUUGAUCAUGUUGUAUUUUUGGAUCAGAGCUUUCCUGGGGUUUUUUGUUUUUGUAUUUUUAGAACUUUUUGAGAGCAAGGUUUCAAGUCAUCUAUAUCCUUUGUUUUGCUUCUUUCUUGUUUUUUCACCCUCUUGAUUUUAAGGCAUGCAUAUCUCCCACUGACCAAGUAAAAUUCAUAGUUUGAUCCAUGGGAAUUGGAAAAAUGAAUCGAGCAAUGUCUCCACUGUAUCAUUUGGAGGACUUUGUCCGGAGUUAUCUGGACUAGGUUUUCCAAGUUAAUUGAAAUAGUAAUGGUACCAUCUUUAGAAUCAAAAGGCAAAUUGAAAAUACUAAACCAGCAAUGUUCACCAGAAAGCACAAUCCUUAUCAUUAUCGAAUGCAAAACCAGAUGAAUGACAACUUUUCAGUACAAUUGUACCCAGCUCUAUUUUACACACUAAAGUCAGUUGCAACACAGUUGAUGGUCUGCUAAAUAAAGGUCAAAAUACAAGUAGGAACGUUUAAGAAAUAAAUUGCCUGUGACCAUUCCCACAUAUCCUCAAUUCAAUGAGCACAAGGUCUUCCCAAAAUCAUUAAUUAUAAUGUAUGGGAUCCUAGUUCUGGCUUACUUUUACUUUUCUUCAUUCUGGCUUUAAACCGAGACUUUGCCCC